CGCAUAUGCGCUGCACGGCGAAUAGCGUAACAAUGAAGAAAGUGAGGCGCCGAGCGAGGCUUUGUGAUUUGAGCUAGCUACGAAAACUCGAGCUAAGUACGCCGUUGGUUAAAGCUUAUCUGGUGCAGUCAUGCCACAAGAGCACCUUCCCACAGCCCUCAUAGUAACGGCUUUUUUAACGCUUCUUAAAUGCGUACAUGUCGAAUACCCAGGUAUUGUAUUCGUGACUCCUGAUAUUAGAAAGUUUGUAGGCACAAGAGAACCAAUAUGGACGCUCUUCGAGACAGGAGGCAGUCGUGUAGAAUGCAAGGUGGACGUAACGCUCGCUAUGAAUGACAGAACGGUUUUAUUCAGAAGGCUGUACAUCUAUGGAGGAAAGAAAUAUGCUGACAAUCAAUGGGGAGUCCUUGACAACGUCUACAAAGAGAGGAUGCGCAUUUGGCCUGAAGGCCCAACCUUUUACCAGAUUGAGCAGGUGACCUUUAUGUCUCGUGACUACAGCUGCGCAGUGGUUAUGACGACGUUGAUUGGUACACAUGUCGUCAUCGCUCCCAUCCGCUGGUACGAACUUCGUGUGCGAAAUUCUUCCCUUGUCACGGGACCUCGCCUAGAGUGUUUGCGGGAAUUCAAGAAUGUGCUGUACCCGAGGCGCCUUGUUUACUCGCCGGACUGCCAGAGAAUUCUUGCCUAUGCCCCACUGGCGGACAUGCAAUCUAAAUGAAUAAAACAAUGUGGCCAAUGAAUAAAGAAAGCAGGCAU